AUGUCCGACUUCACCCCGUUAUUGAGCGGGCUCUGGUUUCAGGGUGUGACGCCGCACCAAUACCGGCAGGAGAUGCGGCGCGACUUGUGCGCACACGCGACCGGAGAUCUCAUUCAGCAGUUGGAAGCGCUGGGGAUCGAAAUUCCCCCGCAGAACGCAGGCCGGGUAACAGAGGGGGGGGCAGUGGUGCGGGAGAGGAACACUGGUAUGGGAGAUGUGAGGCAAGCACCGGUUAGUCAAGCCUGGGAUGACGCACAUGUAACGGUGAUGAUGAGGGAAAUGGCGACUAUGAAGAACGAUGUGAUGUUCCUGGACGCGAGCUUCACCGUCAUAGCUAGUUUUGUGGGAUUGAGGCGCGAGGAGGUGGUGUCCGCUGCAACCCAACUACUGAUGCAAGGCAACCCCGUGAGAUCCGGCACGAAAGCAGAGGCAGGUGGCACCAAGAAUGCCCCACACACUCCACAGCGUCCAUCCGGUCGCAAGAGGCGUGAUGACAGCAGUCCAGAGGAGGAUGUCGUACGCAAUGCCACCCGUGUUGCGCUGGCCUUCUCGUUCGCUGCAUGUGAUCCGACAGCGCGCUUGCUGCAAAACCCGCUGCUAUCGGGAGGGACCAUACCUCACUGGAUGUUCACCCGUGGGAGACCUCUGCUCGGGGUGACGGUGCCAGCUGGAGCUGAUGCGUGGGGAGAUACGAGCGGCCACGAGACGAUGAAGGCAGAAGAAGAAGAGGAUCUCGUGUCAGACACGGAGGACGAAGAGGAUGGUGACGACACAUGUGCAACGAAGUACACAGGAGUCAAGUUGGAGAAAGCAUCAGGCAAGUUCGGCGUGAAGAUCCAGAUCAAGGAAGGAGGAAAGCGUAAGCAACAGCGUCUGGGUCCAUACACAUCGGAGAAGGAGGCGGCGUUUGCAUACGCCGCAGGUGCGUUCGUCCUGAGGCGACGAGACAAGAUACCCAGCACGGUCAGUUUGUCAGCUGCAGAGAAGGCGAUGCUGCGUGGAUGCACCAAGGAAGAUCUGCAGCUCCUGGUGGAAGCGCGGAGGUGGUGGAGGUGGCGGAGCUGGAGGGAGGCGCGGGAGGGCGUGAACUGGAAGGUGAAACGAGGGAGGAAGCGAGUGGUUGCCACGCACACGUCAAAGAGGCAGAGGGUGGUGGAUAGCAACAACAAGGCGGCCAACGAACCAGACGACCCUGACAAUGAUGACGGCACUGGUGCAAAGAGUGCUUCAUCGUCCGAGCGCAAUGAAGAGGAUGGCGAGGCAGACUCAGACACAUCGGCCUCAGCCUCACCCGAAGAAUCCGGCGAACCUGCCACUGGAGGGAAGACGGCUGACGAUGGGUGUGCGGGAACCGCUUCACCCAAAGUAGACGGGAGCGAAAGUCGGGGCACGGGGGAGACGGAUGUGUAUCGGGGCGAAGGCCGAGGACAUGUGGACGGGCAUGUGGAACGCGCAUGCGAGACCCCAGUGGACACCGACGGCGAUGACGUGCGCAUCUCGAGCAUGGUUCUCGAGCAACUCAUCCGGGCUCAGGACAGGAGCGCCAAGGAGAACGCGCGGUUGGAGGCGCUGUUCUUGAAUGCAAUGGCGCAGCCUUCUAGUGGAUCUCGUAAGCGUAAGGCUCGGAAGCAGAGAGACCCGGAGCAGGGGUGCAUGAACCCGAAGCGUAAGCGUGGCGAGACAUGGAGCGGCGGGUCAGACGAUGACGGAGAGGACGACGAGGAAGAUACGCAUGGUUCUGGUGGUCGUCAUAUGCGUACUGCAAAGUCUCCUAUUCUGCAACGUGCGUUGGCGCAUCUGCCGACAGACAAGGCGUGGAAGGUGAGCGGGCCUGUUUCCAUCUCGGUUCAGUAA